UAUUGAAACUGUUAGCCGACAGUCACGAUCGCAUUCCCGGACAGGAUCACCCUGAAGUCAUGCACAAUGAAAUGGAAAGCCUCCUUCGUCUCGAGCUGGGCAAGUACGAUGUUCCCCGUACCGUCAUUAUGUCUCAACAAAAGAAACAAAGCUAUCGCAAAAAGAGUAGUUGCGAUGAAGAUCACCACCCAAAAAUGAUGGUGAGUUUUCCCGUGAACGUUGCCGGAUCGAGAUUCGACACGGAUCCGCACAGCAGAACUCGCUGGGUGAUCAUCACAACGACGACGAAAGCCCACGGACAGUGCCAGAUCUUAUCGGCAAGAUAGGACUCGCAUUCAUACUCCGAAGGUCAAGGAAGGAAUGGAUGACAUAACCCAAGCUAUAUUGGAUGAGAUGUCAAAUUUACUGGACAACUGCAGAACAUUGCUCGAUCUUCACAAGCAAUGUCACAGACGCAUGCAACAGCAGAUCUGUCACAUUCAGAAAGACUUCCUGGAGCAGUCCAGUGCUAUCAUCAAUAGUGUGAAGCCGUUGCAGCAGGCACCGGUGUACCAGCCUCGGGGAUACGAUGCUAUGCCAGGAACAGUGGAGACCGGAGGAUCAGUACUGGUCGGGAAGAGAUCAGCUGAUUCACUGGAGAACCGGCCCAGUCAAUUACAGCUCCAUCCUAGAGCUGAUAACGCGAGCAGUUCCAAUGUUCUGCCCGCUAAGAGAAGGAUCUGUGCAAGCCAUAUUCUGGAUGGCAGGCAACGGGCUGAAGUUACCCAUGAUGAAAGUGCUGAUGACACCAGUGUAUCCAGAUACGAAGAGAGAAGUCCCCCAGAUGGAGAGCAGGCACUUAUCUCCCCCGGUUUCGACAAUGAGCAGGGUCGCAUGAAACCGACGUUUCGACAUCCACCAACAGUCACCAGCUACUUGAAGGAGUGGUUUAGCAAACACAAAGAGAACCCAUACCCUACUGCUCAGGAAAAGGAGAUGCUUAUUGCCAAAUCGGAGAAGAAGUUUGGCUUUACAAUGACCAAUCAGCAGCUUGAUAACUGGUUCAUUAAUCAGCGUCGGCGAGUUCCGAACGGUCCCAAUCGCUCAAGGCUAGGAUCAGUUGGCCAGUCAGCGGCUGAAUCCGUCACUGUGACAGCGGGCACAGCAGUAUCAUCAACCUCAACCAUGCAGAUCGGCAAUCCACAGAGCCAGCUGAGCAGCCACACACGAACUCCCAUCCAAUCGCCGACUAUGCCCAACAACACUGCACUCAGUCCUGUUCAGCUGCAGAUGGUGAUGUCACAGCAGCACUGGGAUAGUGGGCACGGAACAAGCACACUUGGACCAGCAUCCAUCUUGAAGUCACCAACAACCCUCACUGGUGCUCCCAUCAUCUUCACCACCACAAAACCUGGGGUUGCAAAGAGUAGCGUAGCCAUUGCUGCUCCACAGCAAGUCCUUCUAUUGACCCCUGCUCCUCAACCUGCUAGCACACAGCCCGCAGUCCUAUCAGCACUGUCACCACCGUCCCUUCUUCCACCAGUGUCAGGUAUCACGGUAGUAUCACCACCAGCUAUACCGAUGGCAACUUCUCCUCUGCACAUGGUGUCCCCAUCAGCUGGGACAUAUGCCUCCACGCAAAACCCUAUGCCAGAAGUCAAGCGUGUGGCCUACCCUCAGCCAAUCCACCACCAAGGCUACCAGGGUGCUACAACCCUUGUGUACCAAGUGUCUGACAAUAACCCUAAUGCCAAGCUCAACGCCCGACAUAAGCCAACAGCAUAACUAGUUUAUCACAGCCAGCUCGGAGCACAAGCCACACAACACUGUCAGCUACAACGCAACCAGUCAACCUUAUCAACUGCAACUACCCGUGGGUGAACGAAACCGCAGCAGCAGGUGUGUGCCACCCAGGACCUCCUCGACUAGCGGCAUAAUUCUCCAUCGGCUGAUGCAGAACAAUGCAAGUAAAGCUUCCAACAGUGCACAAUGCAUAUCCAGAAGCUAUAGUUCAACCAUCCGUCUCUGCUAUCCUGCACUGCCACAAUUGCACCUGCCUCUACUAGCCAGCAGUGUCGCAAUUGCAACUAGCUCCACUGCACUGUACAAGUGGCCUGCAAGGACACUCACUCUUCAAGAAUUCCUGGUAUCAUCGUGAGUCAGAAAUGCCUGUCUGAUUCCUACUCCCUGUGACAAUAUUCGUCUAAAAGCCCCGUUCAUGCAUAUGCUCCUGGGGCUUUAUAGCUAUUCUUAGUUGUAGGACUGGUUCUUAUGUAGAACACAGCUCAUCAUCAUCACGGUAUUUUCCUAGGUGUGUAAUUGUCUGUGAUGUGUCACCAAUGUGACACAACACUGCAGUAACUAGUUACUCUGUAUUGCUAUCCUGUGUUAGAUUCACGAAGCCCGAGGUAUCUACAAUGUGUGGUGCGUGCACUUUUUUAGACAAGUAUCACUGCAAUGACUUUACUUCCCAACCUGUGAUGUUGCCUGCUCUCUUUCCUUCUCUCUUGCCACCCUGCCUCAGUCAGUAAAUCUAGAUAGGCUUAAGAAGCCAGAAACCUUGUCCGCCGUUCAGACAUGUCGCGACAGUGGCCUGGCCACUGCACCAACAGCAUGCUGACUAGGCGGCCGCUGUACAGCCUACACUACAGGCUAUGUGUGCUCUCGCUCCCUGUAUCACUGUGAACUUAUGUUAUUACUAGUGUUAUUUACUGCGUGACAUUCACCACCAUUUCGCUCUGUUUAUAAUAAUUAUACCCUCUGGUAAUUAUUGUUAUUUUUAGUUCAACUAACCUGUCACCAAACCA